CUAAUGUUAACUAGUGUAACGUUAGGUAACUGUUCAGUACGUUACAUUUAACCGUAGCUAACGUUUACCCACUCAAGUAACUCAAGUAACUGCUAACGUUGCUGUGCUAACGUUACGGUACCAUUUGGAGGUCACAAGACAAAGAUGGCAUCAAGCAGCGAGGAGGAGCGGAGUCUCCGGGAGUGUGAGCAGUAUGUCCAGAAGCACAACGUCCAGCAGCUGCUCAAGGACUGCAUCAUCCAGCUGUGUACGGCCCGGCCGGAUCGGCCCAUGGCCUUCCUCAGGGACUACUUCGAAAGGCUGGAAAAGCAGGAGGAGGCCCAGCAGGUGGCUUCACAGCACAAAUCUAGCUCACGGUCAGACUCCCGUGAGGAUGAAGUUUCUCCACCCAUGAACCCUGUGGUGAGGGGUCGCAGCCGGAGAGGAGCCAUCAGUGCCGAGGUGUACACUGAGGAAGAUGCUGCCUCCUAUGUCAGAAAGGUCAUCCCAAAAGACUACAAGAGCAUGGCUGCCCUGUCCAAAGCCAUGGAGAAGAACGUACUGUUUGCCCACUUGGACGACAAUGAGAGGAGUGACAUAUUUGAUGCAAUGUUUUCUGUCAACUACAUUGCUGGAGAAAUCGUAAUCCAACAAGGUGAUGAGGGAGACAACUUCUAUGUUAUUGACCAGGGAGAGAUGGACGUUUAUGUGAACAAUGAGUGGGUGACCAGCAUUGGUGAGGGAGGCAGUUUUGGAGAGCUGGCUCUGAUCUAUGGGACGCCUCGUGCAGCUACAGUCCGGGCCAAGUCCAAUGUCAAGCUGUGGGGCAUCGACAGAGAGAGCUACAGGAGAAUACUCAUGGGGAGCACAUUGAGAAAGCGCAAGAUGUAUGAGGAGUUCCUCAGCAAGGUGUCCAUUUUAGAGUCUCUGGAUAAGUGGGAGCGUCUGACGGUGGCUGACGCCUUGGAGACGGUGCAGUUUCAGGACGGCCAGAAAAUCGUAGUGCAGGGACAGCCUGGCGAUGAGUUCUUCAUCAUCCUGGAGGGGACAGCAGCGGUGCUUCAGAGGCGGUCAGAGGACGAGGAGUUUGUGGAAGUCGGCAGACUCGGACCAUCAGAUUACUUUGGUGAGAUUGCCCUGCUGAUGAACCGGCCCCGCGCCGCCACCGUUGUUUCAUGCGGACCCCUGAAGUGUGUCAAACUGGACCGGCCUCGGUUCGAGCGGGUCCUGGGCCCCUGCUCCGACAUCUUGAAGAGAAACAUUGAGCAGUACAACAGCUUCGUUUCUCUCUCUGUCUGAGCUCAGCACCCAGACCCUCCUUUCCUCCACUGCAGGGUCCACCAGUGCACAGCUCUGCUUCAUUCUCUCACUUCUACUCUUUCACAUGUAUAACCACACCCACCUGCCCCCCACAACAUCAUUUUCUCUACACCUGUUACUCCUCUUUUUUAUUUCUUAUUUAUUUUAUUUUUGUGUAUGUCCUCAGAAGCUGGGAUUUGUUUUGCGUGAAGGGAAGACUUUUGAGGUCAGACACAGUUUAGAGUGUUGCUUCGUCACCUGAAGCUGUAAUCACAAUACCAAAUAGACAUUUGCGUGCACGUGUAUAGCAGCUCAAUGAAAUAACGGUCGACAUGUGACUGACUGUGCAUUCACACUGUGAUCACUGUUAGUUCAGAGGCCAGUGACAAGUUAAGAAAGAUAGAAUCUAAAGAUGCCAAGUCAAGUCUAUGUAUAUACAGAGCACAUUUUAAAACAUGCUGAUAACAGUAAAAUACAUUCAGAUAAUUAGAAUGGGAAUAUUUACAUAAAAUACACAGAUGACAUAAAAUAUUCUAAACAAAAUAUAAAGCACAAUGAAGCUUUUAUAGAUGAAAUAGCUGACAUAAAAAAAGGUUAAAUUAAGACAGAAUAUGAAAAUAUGGAUGGGAGUAGGGGGGUGGAAGCUAAUUUGUUUCACAAUCAAUGAAAAAAUGACUGAUAUCGCCACAUUAGCGGUAUUGCAGUAUUAAGUCAAAGAUGCUGACAGUGUGAAAGCCCAGUUAGUUGCUUAGUGAGACCUUCACAGAGAUGCUGUGGCAGACGCUUCCAUGCUGACUGAGGAAGCUUUAUGUUUUUGAAGCGGUACACCAAAAGGUUCAUUUGUGUUUGUUGCUGCUCUUUCCUGUUUGUCCAGAUGUUUUUAGCCAUGCUAGCAGCAGGGUUCCAGGGAUUGCAGAGUUUGUCAGUUGACCCAGCGCUUUGGUCUGGACUGAAAUAUCUCAGCAAACAUUAGAUACAUUUGCCAUGAAAUGUGGUUAUCCGCGCUCGCCUCAGGAUGAAUUCUAAUAACGGUGGCGACUUUUCCUCUGGCGCCAUCGUCCAGUUUAA